AUGUACGGGUGCACCCUUCCCUCUUCUCCACCAUCCAUGAAGUUUGUGGCGCUUAUUUCGGGCGGCAAGGACUCGUUUUUUAACAUCUUGCACUGUGUGCAGAACGGCCACGAGCUUGUGGCGCUUGCCAACUUGCAUCCGGCCGAUGCCAGCGUCAACGAAACCGACUCGUUCAUGUUCCAGACCGUGGGCCACGACAUCAUCGACUUCUACCGCGACUGUGUGCCCGAGAUCCCGCUCUACCGGAAGGCUUUGAAUGGCGGCUCCACCAAUGUCAGCUUGGAGUAUGUUCCGACGCCGCACGAUGAGAUAGAAGACCUCUUGGAGCUUUUGCAAGAAGUGAAGCGGAAACAGCCGGACGUGGAGGGCGUCAGCUGCGGCGCAAUUCUCUCCCACUACCAGCGCACGCGGGUCGAAAACGUCUGCGACCGCUUGGGGCUCACGUCUUUGGCGUACUUAUGGCAACGAGACCAGGCAGAACUCAUGAGGGAGAUCUGCGGCCUGGGGCUUGACGCCCGCUUGAUCAAGGUGGCGGCGAUCGGGCUCAAUGAAAAGCACUUGGGCAAGCCGCUCGCAGAAAUGUAUCCGAUUCUCACCAAGCUCAACCAGAUGUACGAUGUGCAUGUAUGUGGAGAAGGCGGCGAGUUUGAGAGCUUGGUGUUUGAUGCGCCGUUUUUCCAGAGGAAAUUGGCCCUUGCGGCGCUGGAGCCCGUGCGCCACUCGUCCGAUGCUCUGUAUCUCCGGAUGAAGAUUACCGUGGAGGAGAAAAAUCAACAAGUCAACCAGGAAAACAUCCCCACGCCUCCGCUUUUGCUGGAGAACUUUGCGGAGAUUGCAGAGAUACAGCUGCCUCCCAUCACAGCAGACACAGCUGUUCCCAGUGCCAGUUUCCGGGUGUCUCCUCGCGUUUCCAAGCUGGGCGGCCGUCUUUUCAUUUCCAACCUCGUCAGCACAAAAGAUUCCAUCGAGGACCAGACGUCUGAUGCGCUCGAACAGCUCCGGCUGGAAAUCUGCGCCAGAGGGUACACAAUGGCCAAUGUCCAGCACGUUUGCCUUCUAGUAAGUGACAUGGCCCACUUUAGCCGGGUCAAUUCUGUCUACGGCAAGUUCUUCGAAGAGAUCCACUUGCCCCCAUCUCGUGUAUGUGUUGAGACGGUAUUGCCGCAGCCGUACAGAAUCCAAAUGUCUUGUGUGGUGAUGCCACUCGAGCACGAAAAAAUGGGUAUCCACAUCCGUUCUCGGUCCUACUGGGCGCCGCAAAAUAUCGGGCCCUACUCGCAGGCUAUAGUUGACCACAGAGGGAAAUUCAAAAACGCCACGCUCUCGGGCCAAAUCCCGCUAGUGCCAGCAUCAAUGCAGUUGGAUACAUCCAUGUCCAAUACGGAGUCUGCUGUUCUUGCUCUUCAGCAUCUUUACCGAGCAAAGACUUUGGUGGAUGUCAAGCAGUUUUCUGAGGCCAUCUGUUUCGUCACGAACCCUGCUUUGGCCCCGCUACUGGCUCAGAUCUGGCAACUGUAUGUGGACGACGUGGAAUAUGGCCAGGAUUUCUACAAUCGCUUGUUGAUUGUUCAGGUGACCAACUUGCCCCGCAAUGCCAAUGUGGAGUGGGGAGGAUCUACGUUUGAAAAAAUCAGAGACAUGUACGAGGACGAAGAGGAAACCGGCACGUCUUUGUCGUACGACGACAUAACCGAAAAGUUCAAGACGUCGGUUGUUGCAGGCGGCGACACGAACCUCGUGAAACUAGUUACAGAUGACAUUUCGGCUGUGAUUGAGUUUUUGAGAAACCCUCGCAUCCAAGACUCUUAUGUUCGAGUCAUUGCAGGACUCGAUGAUAUCCACAGAUUGACCAACAUGGGCCUUUCUGCCGAAUGGAUACCUGUUUUGAAAGUUUGGGAUAGUGACGCCACGCCAUGCUCUUUUGCACUUCUAUGGGUUGAAUAA